UUAAAUUUCGUCGGCCCCUUUCCAUUAAUACUGAUGUUUGCCUUUCCGGUUAUCACACCAACAAGAACUUCUCUUGCAAUAAGAUGAGAUGAAAUGGGGUUCGUCUCAUCAAAGGAGCCACAAGAAGAGUACCGUUGUUCGAAUUCCCACAAACUGGCCGGUCAUCGGAAUGAUGCCGGCGUUACUUCGAAACAUCGAUCACAUCCACGACUACGUGACCGACCUCCUCGUACACAACGGAGGCACAUUCGAGUUUAGAGGGCCGUGGGUUGCCAACAUGCACAUGUUGGUCACCUGCGACCCUGCUAACAUCAACCACAUACUAUGCAAGAACUUCAAGAACUACCCAAAGGGGCCCCACUUCCAGAGAAUCUUUGACAUUCUCGGGGAAGGGAUGAUCAACGCAGACUCUGAGCUGUGGGAGCUUCACCGGAAGACGACAAUGCCCCUGAUGAGCCAUCCCCGCUUUCGCUCUCUCCUAGAGAGAACCGUCUACGAGAAGCUGGAGCGGGGGCUCCUCCCACUUCUAGACAAGCACGUCGAGCUAGGAACCCCCUUCGGACUAAAGCAAGUCUUUCAAACGUUGAGUUUUGACAUCGGGUCCAUGCAGCUUCUAGACAAGGACCCGGGCAGCCUCGGACUCAUCAACGAGGGCCACCCGGUUCUUGAGUCGAUACGGGGUGCUGUGAAUGCGGUACUCUACCGACACGUGCUCCCAGAGUGGGGUUGGAAGAUGCAAAAAUGGGUGUUUGGGGUUGACAGAGAGAAGAGGCUGAGUGAAGCUUGGGAGGGCUUAGAUCAAUUCCUAAACCCCAUUAUUAUGGAAAGGAAACAACAAAUCGAGCAAAAUGAUGAAGACGAAUCCAACUUCAGCAUGUUGGUUUCUCACAUCAAUGCACACAAAGGGAAGAGUGUCAAGUUCUUGAGGGACACUUUCGUCACCUUGAUAAUUGCAGCCUCUGAUACUACGGCUUCCACCCUCACAUGGCUCUUCUGGCUCCUCGCAAAAAACCAUUCGGUCGAAGAAAAGAUCCUCCAAGAAAUCCUUCAACAAAUUAACCCUCCAAGUGAUGACGAGGGCAAAAAGGUCAUUAUCACCUCCGAAGAUUGCCAGAAGCUGGUUUACCUCCACGCCGCCGUCUGCGAGUCCCUGCGGCUGUUCCCGUCCGCACCCUUGAACCACAAAGUCCCCGUUGCCCGGGAUACGCUCCCGAGCGGCCAUGUGGUCGAGCCCAACACCAAGAUAAUAAUUCCGUUUUAUUCCACGGGGAGGAUGGCUUCGGUGUGGGGCUCGGACUGCUCGGAGUUCAAGCCGGAGCGGUGGAUUUCCCCCGCCGGAGGGAUCAAACACCAGCCGUCUUUCAAGUUCCCGGCGUUCAACGCUGGCCCAAGGACCUGCAUCGGCCGGGAGAUGGCUCUCACGGUGGUCAAGAUGGUGGCCGCCACCGUGAUACUUCACUAUCGGUUUGAGCUGGUCGAACCCCACCGCCCGGUUGAGAUUUCCGACACGAUUCUCCUUGAAAUGAAGCACGACUUGAAGGUUGUGUUCACGCGCCGCCGCCAGUGAUGGCCACGGUUCAACGUACGUACCGAUCAACCCCAUGCAUUCAAUAGUAAAAAGAUGAAGUGUUUAUUUUGCGACCCUAAAAAUUUACGGUGUCAAAUAAUUGUUUCUUUAGUGCAAAUAAAUGUUACUCCUCCUU